AUGACCGAAAAGCUCGACAUGAAGGAUUUGCGGCGGACUGAUAGUGGUAUGCAGCGUCAGUUCGCCGCCAUUGUUCACGAUGCCCAGAAAAAGUAUGCCGAGUCGUCCGAUCAGGACCUCUCUGAUUACAUGAACCCGCCGAUGAACUCCGUCGAGGAUAUGCUCGCCGUCAUCGCCCGCCAGAACAAGCAGUUCGAGGCUUUCCGCGCCAAGAGGCAGCGCAUCUUCUCCGCCAUGUCUGCAGCCCUGAUGCCCAUCGAGGUCGUUGGUGAGAGUCUGGCUGGUGCUGCCUCCGAGGUGUUUGCGCCUAGCCAGAACAUUUUUGCCGCUGUCAUGUACCUCGUCAACGCCGCCAAGGACGUGUCGGCCUGCUACGACUCCAUUAUUGAGCUGUUCGAGAAGAUGCAAGAUUUCACAUCCCGUCUGAGAUUCUACGUUUCUCAGCACUUGUCUCCCGAGCUACGUGACAAGCUCAUCACCAUCCUCGUCACAGUCUUUGAGAUCUUCGUCUUGGCUGCCGCUGAGGUGCGACGCGGUCGCCUCAAGGCCUACUUCAAGCGUCUUUUUGGACAUGAGAGCCCAGUACCCGAGGCACUCAAGCGCUUGGCUGUCUUGACCGAGGCGGAGGGCCGCCUCGUCGGUGCCGAGACAAUGGCUGGUGUGAAACAGUCACUCUCGAACCAAGAGCGUCUCCUCGAGAUGAUGACCAGGGUUGAUGUCAACGUGCAGACGCUGCGCACCGAAACCAGGAGAGCAGGCUCUCAACUCCAACCGCGACAAGCUCCGAGACAUCCUGCAGCCAAGUGUCUUCCCGCAAGACACUGUCGCUUUCUCUUCUGCUGCGGCAACCCAGGCACCGGUAAGAGUCACCUCACAGCACGCUUGGUCCGCUGGGGGCUCCGCAUGAUGGAGGAACAGGAGACAAGCCAUAUGCUGGGCUACUUCUUCUUUCGGCAAACUGACCCAGAGACACGGUCCAUGAUUCAAGCUCUCAGAGACAUCGCGUAUCAGGUCAGCGAGGUCGACGUUUUCUACGGAAAGCAGCUCUUGCGUAUCCUGUCUAGCAGUGACGACAUCAAGACCGUCUCCAGUGCAUUCCGACGCUUGCUUGUUGAGCCUUGCAUUCCCGACCGGUGGCAGCGCAACAUCUACAUCCUUCUCGACGGUGUAGACGAAGCGGAUCAAGUCCAGCUGCGUGAGUUCAUCUCGCUUUUGGAUGGGCUCAACAAGCAGUCUCCGGGUGGCACCAGGGUCCAAGUGGCUCUCUUUGGACGCAACGCUAUGUCCGAGACGGUUCUGCCACCUCUCCAGAAUGACUCGACCAAUGGCCAGCAACUUCGAAUCCUGCAUGUCACCGCCGACCGUAACGGACAGGAUGUCAUUUCAUACAUCACAGCAGGUGUCAAUGAAGCGCGCAUUCUACGCGGAACCCCUAUUUCGUUCAGAGAAGAGAUUGUAUCGGUCAUGACGAAACAGGUUGAUGGAAGCGGUCAGUUCAUAUUGGCGAAAUUUAUGCUGGCCGAACUUGGACGUGAGCGUCACGCGCGGGGUAUUCUCGAGAAACUGCAGUCCUACCCCCAGGAAAUCAACGGCAUGCUUCGACAAUCUGUUUUGAGGUUCUCGGAAACAAUUACUCAGGCUGAAGCAGACGAUCUCAACGAAGUCUUGCGCUGGGUGGCAUGUGCGGAGAUGACGUUGACCCUGGAGCAGGUCGAGGUCAUCCUUGCUCUCAAAUUCGGCGACCCCCCUCUACGCCUGGAGGAGUCUCUCCGGACACAGCUCGCGGCCUUCUUUACCUUGGAGCGGGAGGACGGAAUGUCGACGGCCGAACUUGUCGAACAACACCAGCAAGAGAUGCAAGUAAUAGGAACUUCGGACACACCGUUACGACGCAGCCCGAACUCCCAAGGCCCGGAUGCCAUUGAGUUUCGGUCCAACAAGCACACCACGUCCGUGUCGUUCUUCCACGCGUCCAUUAGCGACUUUUUUCGCGAUGACUGUUCGACAGAUCUGCGCCUGUCAAGCGACCACCCCUCGAUUGGCUUUGAAUUCGCUGCGGCAAAGCUUCAUGUUCUUCUGACCUGCCUGCGCAUAUUUACAGAACCAAACUAUCCAGCGUUCGGCGCCCAGGGCUUGUCACUGCAGAAGUACGCGGCCUGGUACUGGCAAGAGCACCUCGAACACCUCGACAGAGACAGCUUGUCUCCUGAAGACAAGGCUCAGAUUGGCAAACUUCUCCAUAUCAUGUUGACUGAGCGACCUGUCAUCCUGGCCUGGACAAAUUUGUUCGAGGAAGCCCUCGACAUCUGGACCGACGAAAAUAUUGAGGUUGUCAGGACCUGGCUGACAGAUCCAGACGUCAUCAGUGGGCUCGCGCCUGACGCCGUGGCCUGGGCUGUGGAAGCUGUCAAGACGCCUUCUGGACCUCUGAUCCCAAUGGGCAGCGUCUUUGCUGAUGCCUGGCUCAAAGAAGACUUUGGCAUGUACAUGCCCACGCUGUUUUGCUUUGGUGUAGUGCAAUGUCUGGCGUUGAUGAGUCGCGGUCACAAGUGGUCCGACUCAGAUACACAUUGGGAGGACAUGUCGGUCGAGUCUCGCGUUCAGAUAGCGGCCAAGUGGGCAAGUCUGCCAAAGGGGGCCCACUGGUACCGAAGAAUCGGCAGUACUCUGCUUAAUCUGGGCAAUUACGGAAAGGCACUGCUCAAUUUCAGUCGCGCGAUGGAGCUUGAUCGCAACAUUCAGGAGACGGCUGGCCGCAUGGGCAUCUGUUAUUAUCGGGCCGGCGACUACCACAAGGCCCUUCGCUUUCAUCUCAUGGCCAUUACAGUCGACGAGAGGACGAUCAAGGACAAGAACGCAACGCCUGACAUGGUGGCUGGCGCGCGAUGGCGGCUCUACAAGGCCUUGAAGGAAGCAUCAAACUGCUACCGACAAAUGGGUCGCGUCGAGAGCGCGCUCACCUAUUGUCGCGAGGCCAUCAAGCAAGCGUACGACGCAAGACCUUUCGAGCCCGAGGCUGCAUUGAUGCGAGUUCUCGCCGAGAAUAACCGCAUCCCGGAAAUCAUGAAGCUUCUCAAGGAACUCGACGAGCGCUACACGGAAGAAGGGCAUUCCCGGCUGGUAUGGUUUAUGCUCGACCAGAUCGGCUAUGAUUCGACGCGGGACUGGAUCCCUGAGGCUGCGGCCCGGACGAACAACACGGUGACAAUCGCACGGAGAUAUCAAGCGGCCAUUGCCUUGGCCCAGGACGCCCAAAACUCGCGGUCCGAAUUCUACCUUCGCAAUGCUCUAGGCCAGGUAUACCGCGCCGCUGGUGACUAUGAUAGGGCCAUUGCCAUUCAGGAGGAGAUCUGUCAGGAGUGGAAGCCACGGGGCAGCAUUGCAGUGCGUGUGGAGUACGCCAACUCGUUCAAGAACCUCGCUUGUCUGUACUAUCUCAAGGCGCUCCAGAACGAUGCUACGCUGCGCACCGUGGCGGUGGACCCGUGGAUCGUCAAGCUCGAGGAGCUGCAGGCCCAGCAAAGCAAGCACCAGAACCGCAACGUUCCGCUCCACAUGGCAGGCUUUGACGUCAACGAGGCGUCCAUCUUCCUUGUGCUCUUCUACCGUUUCCGCGACCGGCCCGACGAGGCGCGCGAGCUCGCGGCAUCGCUUGUGGCGGAUCAUCUCGACAUUCUCGAAGAUGACGAGCCCCAAAAUGACGAGAUUGGCAUCCGCAACCUGCAGCGAACCCUCAUCGCAGCGGGCGAUCUGGGCAACGCACGAGCGCUGUGGCAGUCAACGCGUACGCCUGUCAAUCCCGCUACUGCGUCAAGCAACCUCAUGACCGAGCGACGCGUCAGCUCGCCGCGACUAGGCGUCUCACCAAAGCGAGGGCGGGCCAGCGAGCUCAGCCUGGGCAAGGUCUUUUCCCCUACGGGCAACUUUACGCCGGGCCUCUCCUGCGACUACUGCCUGCGAAGGUUCGACAGCAAGGAGGAGUACGUUGUGUGCGUGUACUGCAUCGACACGCUCUUCUGCCUCCCGUGUUUAGAGAACGUCAUCAAACAACGAAGCUUCUCGCCGGGGCACACCUCGGCAUGCGGCCCGAACCACAGUUUCAUGAACGUGCCGCCGCUACUGAAGGAGCUGCAGCCAGGCGAGAUCAUGGUAGAUGGACAGCUGCAGAGGUUUUCGGACUGGAAAAAGGCGCUGCGUCAGACUUUCCGAUCGGCGCGGGCAAGGAGGAGCGAGGGAAGUCCCCGGGGACUUGGGAUUCUAUGA